AACCGCAAAGAAAACAUCGAAGAAGAAGAAGCUAGCAUAAGCUAAGCUAGAAAACUGCUGCAUUGUCCCAUUCCUGCUAAUAUUUCAGCAACCAUGUCUUCAGCUCAGCAUCUCAGAGAUUUUAUCAGAGAGAGACUAACUGCUGCUGCUCAAGAAAUCUUCACCGAGGUUGAAAAAACCAUCAUUUGCUACGAGGAAGAGCUCGAUGCUCAGCGCAGGAUGAUGGGGAUCAACUGGAAACCAGAAAUUAAGCUACACAGAGUCGGUUCGGAGCUGCAGAGACAAAGUUCUGACCUCCAACAGCCAAGUGUCUCCAAUGAGGAAGAAGCUUCUGCCAUCCAACAAGUCUGUAGCCUGGCAAGUAGGUCCAGUCAGGAUCAGAAAGAAGCAGAACAUCAGUGGACUGAAGAGGUACAGAUGGAACCAGAACCAAAAUGGAUUAAAGAAGAAGUGAAUGUACCAGAACCUAACUGGAUUAAAGAGGAAGAGGAGGAACCAGAAUCUAAAUGGAUUAAAGAAGAGGAGGAACCAGAACCUGCACUGCUCAAACAUGAGGAAGUGGAUUAUCCACUAACAAAUGUAAAAAAAGAGGAGUUGGAUUGUUCAGUGCUUCAACAUGAACAGCAGCCACCAGAACAUUUAACAACUGGACAGGACCAGAAGAACCUCUGCAGCAGUCAGGAGGGAGAGCAGCUUGUCCAGAAGCAGUUUGCUGCUUUGAUUGAGACUUCUACUCUUCAGGAAGAUGAUAUGAAUGAAGAAGAGACAAAAAUAGAGCAGCUUUUCCUUCAUAUCUCUCCGGUGAUUGAGAGCAAAAUUCAGGAAGGAAGCAGCUGCCCUGUGUCGGAGAGUAAGUCUGGUGCUGGCACAAAGGAAAAAUCUUUCAAAUGUGACAUUUGUGGGCGAUAUUAUACACAUCAUUGUAACUUGAAAAACCAUUACAGAACCCACACUAGUCAGAGACAUUUUUCGUGUGAAACAUGUGGAAAAAUUUUCUCUCUAACAAGAGAUUUUAAUCGCCACAAGAGAAUUCAUACAGGUGAGAAACCUUUUUCAUGCCAAUCAUGCGGAAGAACCUUUUCUCAAAUUAGUAAUUUAUAUCGCCACAAGAAAACUCAUACAGGAGAGAGGCCUUUUUCAUGCCCAUCAUGCGGAAAGAAUUUCUCUAGACUGGGUCACUUAGAACGUCACAACAAGUGUCAUACAGGUGAGAAACCUUUUUUAUGCCAGUCAUGUGGAAAGAGUUUCACUCAAAUUUGUCAUUUAAAUCGUCACAAGAGAUGUCAUACAUUUGAAAAGGAUUUCCACGACAAACUAUAAAUUAAUCAACAGUAAAUAAAUAUAUGCUUAAUAAUAAAAUGAUGGCUAUAAUAUUACUUCUUUGUUUUCAUUGUCUCUCCUUCUACAAAGAAACUGGAUGACAAAGAAUUAGUCUCCCGUGCCUCCUGCUAUUCCCUCCCCUGUCAUUUUAUUGGUAGCGGCUAAACACACAGGGAGCUAAAAGUGUAAAUUUUCUUCCACUCCGGCUGAACUGAACACCUGGCACACGAUAGCGAUGAUAACAACAAAAGAUGAAAGGUUUCCAACUUUCUUGCAUAGCGUCUAUAGGUGUAUGAGCUAGAAAUGUCACAUGCAUGAAUUGUGUCUUUUGCUCAGCUGGAUGAGAGCUAGCGACUCUCUUCUCACCCCGCAAUCUCCAUAAGAGGGAGAAGCGCCGUCUCCUGUCAUCGUGUGACCAUUACUUCAGUUACCUGCUGGGCUCCUUGUCUCCUACCACACAGUGUAGCAUAAAGCCUGGUGAGGAGGAGCAAGAGGUCUGGGAGCCUCUUGGAUUCAAACUACAGUCUAUCCAUGUUUCUUAUUGACAAAGUUACUGAUAAAGAGAAACUCUUUCAUUUGUCCUUUUCUUUUUUCUCUUCUUUGAAAACCUGGAUGUUAUUUUCUUGACUGCAUUGUUCCAGUCAGUCGUUGUAGUCUUUGGCUGCUGCUGAACACUGUUGCCUACAAGUUCACUAAGCAGGAGCAAACCAUUUAAUACAGAUCCACAGGGCUGUUGAGUAAAUAUGGAUCUUUGCUUUUUGAUCUGGGAAUGGUAACUUUUAAUUUUUACUGCUAAAAACAAGUAAAACAACAAAUUAUAUUAUAGACAGAGGCAGUAAUAUUUGUUCUAUUUAUAUAAAAAUGAACCCCUGU